CUUACUUACUGUAUUCGUCAUAAGUUCACAAAGUACUUAUUGUUCGUCUUCGGAGUGAAGUCGUCCUCUGACUCAUCCUCAUCCUCGAGCUUGUCGACGUCCCAAUCCUCCUCCGCCGAGCCGAACCGUCGGGAGGUCGUUCGCCCAACCGUCGCAGGUCGAACCUGAGUCCCUAAAGAUCCGCUGAGGUCCGGCUUGAAAUACCUCUGUAUUCUCCGCGCUCCCUGUGUCCUACGUAUCAGUUUUUGCAACAUGCGUCGCGACGAGGGUGUCAGGCUCUUUGCGUCCGAUGCUGAGCGCCGUGCAGAUGGAAGCGGCGGCCUGAAGGCCCAUCCGCGGAUGUUCGCCAUUCUCGAUCGUACGAGUGGUUAUAUCAAGAACGACGAGGGCGGGCAGACGCUGCGCGAUCUUUACAGAGCAGGCACCGUUGGCCAGGACCCCAAUAUGUACAGGCGGUUCGCGCUGGAUUGCUUUUCAGGCCAGACUACCGCAGUCCGACAGGCCGUCGAAAACGGGCGAGCACCUGAUCUCACCGGCACCGAGACGCCAUACAAGUUCGGUUAUUGCACCUUGGUCAUCGCAGGGGCUCAGCGCGGCGCAGCUCAAUGCCCCGGGGCAGACCACGCCGCGACGCUCAAGUACCUUCUCAACAGCGGCGCCCCUGUGGACUCAUGCGACAUCGUGGGUCUCACCGCGCUCCACCACGCAACACAGAACACAUAUGGCCCCACGGUCGCGCUCGCGCGCGUGCUCCUCGAGAACGGCGCGGACGUCAACUACCAAAACCGCUAUGGCGAGGUGCCCAUCAUGGCCGCCUUCCAGAUCGGUGACCCGCGGAUGGUGGAGCUGUUGAUGGAGUUCGGCGCCGACCUGGCGAAGCCCGACGCGGACGGGACGACGGGCCAGAGCAUGUUCGUGAACACGGGUCCUACUGUCACAGCGGCGGUGAUGAAGUGGAUGAGGAAGCGGACCGGCGAACAGCUGCCUCUGGACGGGAAGUCAUGCGCAAAGUGCGGCAAGACGAACGGCGCGCUCAAGAUCUGCAGCAAGUGCCACGCAGUGAAGUACUGCUCGCCCGAAUGUCAGAGGGCACACUGGCGGGAGCACAAGCAGACGUGCACGCCGUUUAACGCGGCGACAUCCGUGACCGUCCGCCCAUCGUACAGCGACCUUGGCAUGCUCCUGCCUACCGCUGACGUCACGCGCCAAAGCCUGGGUAUCCCAGCCGCCCCGCACCCCAGCUCGCACAACCGCAUGUCACAUAAGCCGCACAUGAAGCCCGGGCAGCCGAAGGCGAUGGUCAUCAAGGUGCAGGUGCCGUAUACGGGCAGAGCGCCGACGAUGCAGGACGGACUGAUGCUCGUGUACGACAAGAAGCGCGAUUUUGUGUGCACGCUUCGGCCGGGUGACAACCGGGAGGCGUACAUGCGCAUCGCGCAGACAGUAUGGACGAAGGGCGUUGGUGGCGCGAAGGCAUACUUCCCUGCGGAGCUGAAGAGUCGUGACGAGCUCGUCAUCAAGGUCGGCGAGGUGCUCGCUGAACAACCCUUUUGAAUGGUCAAUUACUCGGUUUCCCCUCAAGGUCAUCAUCGUCAUCCGUGUAUCAAACGUAACCUGUAUUCCUCCUGGGCGGUAGUCUGUGUGCUCUGUGUAUCAUAGUUUUCAUCAUUCAAUGGGCUUUCUGGUAACUAUAUCCGAUUUCGUGUAAACCUGAUCCACAUGUCACAUAUGAGUCUGCACGUCUCUGAGUCUUCAUUCUGAAGGUCCGCAUUAGUCACGCACAUAGGUAUGGCACUGUGACGCACCUAUCCAGUCACUCUGAACCGAAACUCGUCGUAGUCUUAGAAUUCGACCUGUACCAGGGUAAGCGAAGGACACUCGCGAUGACGUCCGGGUCUCCAUACCUGUGCCAGUGCCUCUGCUGC